GGAGCCAUCAUAAAAGGUAAAGGACCCCUUUGGAUCCCUUGUAAUUCCAGCACUGGCAGGACGGAUGAACAGCCUGGAGGCAAAAAGAACAGGACAAUGGAGCCAAAAACACCCAGGAAUACAGGAUACUUUAUAUUCAGGAAUACAGGAAUAUCAACAAAGUGGAGUCAAGUACAUGCAGCAGCUUCAUGGGCUUGAAAGAUCACUUGGGGCAUGACCUAGGCCACCUCUAUGAGGACACCGCAGAGACUCAAAUAAGUGCAAUUGCACCGUGGUCAAUGGUAGAGAAACCAACAAUGGAUAAAAUUAACUCUAGGAAGGAAGAUGCUAACAAGGAGACUUCUGAAGAAACUGGAAGUUCCAGUUGUGAUUCGGAGGAGAGCACAAAUUCUGAUAAUGAAUCAGAACGACCAACCACAAUUGGAACAGAAUCAAGCUUCUUACCUAAGACUCAUAGACAACUCUGCAGGUCUCCUUGCUUAGAACCACAUAUAUUAAAGCGCAAUGAAAUUUUGCAAGACCUUAAGCUAGAGGAAGCUCAGAUAGUGACUAAAGAAAUUAAAAAACCUCCUGACGUGGUGAAAGAAUAUCAAACCAAACUGGAGUUUGCACUUAAGUUAGGUUACUCUGAAGAACAGGUUCAACUUGUCCUGACUAAGCUUGGUACUGAUGCUUUAAUCAAUGAUAUACUGGGAGAACUGGUCAAACUUGGAAAUAAAACUGAGACAGAUCAGAGUGUAAGUAACAUUAAUGCCAGCUUAAUGCGUGAAGCAUCUUCUGUUGAGUCUCAGAGAUCUGACUCUCCCCUUCAGGAGGAUGUGCCAGUGGAUGAUGAUAACCUGAGACCCAUAGUUAUUGAUGGCAGCAAUGUGGCAAUGAGCCAUGGAAACAAAGAAGUAUUCUCAUGUCGAGGAAUAAAACUGGCAGUGGACUGGUUUUUGGAAAGAGGCCACAAAGAUGUCACAGUGUUUGUGCCAGCAUGGAGAAAAGAACAGUCCCGACCGGAUGCUCUCAUUGCAGAUCAAGAAAUCUUGCGUAAAUUAGAAAAAGAGAAAAUUUUGGUGUUCACCCCAUCCCGCCGUGUUCAGGGGAGAAGGGUGGUAUGCUAUGAUGACAGGUUCAUAGUGAAGUUGGCCUUUGAGUCAGAUGGUAUAAUUGUGUCUAAUGACAACUACAGGGAUCUAGCUAAUGAAAAACCGGAAUGGAAGAAGUUCAUUGAUGAACGGCUGCUGAUGUAUUCAUUUGUCAAUGACAAAUUCAUGCCUCCUGAUGAUCCUCUUGGCCGCCAUGGCCCCAGUCUGGAUAAUUUUCUGAGGAAGAAACCUGUUGUACCAGAAUAUAAGAAACAGCCAUGUCCAUAUGGGAAGAAAUGCACUUAUGGACACAAAUGCAAAUACUACCAUCCAGAAAGAGGAAAUCAGCCUCAGAGGUCGGUAGCUGAUGAACUUCGUGCCAUGUCUAGGAACACAGUGGCCAAAGCUGCUAGUGAAGGAGGGCUGGUGAAAAGCAACAGUGUUCCGUGUAGCACUAAGAUUGAUAGCACUUCGGAUCUCAAGCGAACUGCUCCAAAGAGGCAAUCAGACCCUAGUAUAAGGACUCAAGUCUACCAAGACUUGGAGGAAAAGCUUCCCACCAAAAACAAAUUGGAAACCAGGUCUGUACCUUCUUUAGUUAGUAUACCGAAUUCUGCUGCUGCAAAACCCCAAAGUACUGCACCUUUAAGCAAUGGCCUUCCACCUGGAGUUCAUUUCCCACCUCAGGAUCAAAGACCACAGGGACUGUAUCCUCCAGUGAUUAUGGGAACCAAAAAUCACGGAACGCCAAUGCCUUAUGAGCAGUAUCCCAAAUGUGAGUCUCCUGUGGACGUAGGUUACUACUCUAUGCUAAAUGCGUAUUCAAACCUAAGUAUCUCUGGCCCACGAAGUCCUGAAAGGCGUUUUUCUUUGGAUACAGAUUACAGAAUUAGUUCUGUAGCCUCUGAUUGUAGUAGUGAAGGGAGCAUGAGCUGUGGCAGUAGCGAUUCCUACAUAGGCUACAAUGAUCGCUCUUAUGUGAGUUCUCCUGAUCCCCAGCUGGAAGAGAAUUUAAAGUGCCAACAUAUGCAUCCCCACAGCCACCUUAAUUCACAGCCCUUCUUGCAGGGUUACCAUGAUACGCUCACCAGAGUGCAAAGUUACAGUCAUGAAGAACCAAAGCAUCAUCACAAGCCUCCACAUCCUUACAUGGCUGUACACCUUCAGCAUCCCAGUGUUGGCGCUCGUUCUAGCUGUCCUAGUGACUACCCUGCUCCUCAGAGUUCACAGCACUCGAAGAGCAUGCAUCUGGGGAGAGCCCUUGUGUCCACAAGGGUAGACAGCAUAUCGGACUCGCGUUUGUAUGAUAAUUCUCCAUUAAGGCAAAGAAAAACCUACUCUGGCCAAGACGGGCUCAGUAGUUGGGAAAGGCAGGGCUAUGGGAUUGAUGCAUAUGGCUAUCGUCAAACUUACUCCCUGCCCAGUAACUCCACCCAGCCAUGUUACGAGCAGUUUGCCUUCCAAAGUUUACCUGAGCAACAAGAUCAACCUUGGCGGAUACCUUACUGUGGAAUGCUUCAGGACCCCCCAAGGUAUCAGGACAGCCGAGAGAAAGUCUACAUAAACCUGUGCAACAUUUUCCCCCCUGACCUCGUGAGGAUCGUCAUGAAAAGGAAUCCUCACAUGACAGACGCUCAGCAGCUCGCUGCAGCCAUUUUAGUGGAGAAAUCUCAGCUAGGUUAUUAAUGACAUAAUGAUGCAUCUUUGUGGUGUCUAUUAGUUCAGUUUCAGCUGUAACGCUGAGGGAGGUUUGCUACAAUAGCAUUUGUAAUCUCCUUCUCAGCAAGGAGGUUAUAUAGUAAUCCAUUUAUGUGAAAUACUGUGCCAUGGAAUCUGUAUGUACAACCCCAUACAUUGGAAGUGACAUGAUCAGUUUUAAAUGCUCACUUGAAUUUAAAAACAAAAAUCAUAACUGGAAGAUCUUUCCAGUUUAAUAUAUUAUUAUAUCUGUGGUCUCUGGAAAAGAAUAUUUGGUGCGUUGGGGUUUUUACAUGCAGCACUUUCUAAUAUUGUUACAUGUUUAUUAAAUUAUUGGGUGUUUUGUCCUUCAAGUGCAAAACAUGUUUUUUAAUAGCUGCAGAAAAGUGAAGAGGAUUUUAUGCACCCAGCAAACGGUUUUUUCAAGCCAAGCUUCUUAUGAACUCUUUUUUAAAUUGCAAUUAAGUUAUUUAAUUUUAUUGUGUGAUUUUAUUUGUGCUAUAAUCAUUUUAUUUAUAGAAAACAAAGGUCUUUUACAGCACUGAUUUUAUUUUUUAAACAAUUUGUAAGUUACCAGUUUUAACACAGAAAUGGGUAACAAUAUAUUAGUACUUUAUAGUAUGGCACUUUUUCAUUUGUUUGGUUUUGGGUUUUAAUUGAAAUUAUUUGUUUAUUACUGUUGUUUUUUGGUGCAAGCAGAAGCAAUCAUUGGGGAAGAAACCUGCCAUCACUAAUUUAUUAUGUAAAAGGCCAAAGCCUUUUGUGCAGGUUUUGAAGACGUUGAGCUUAUCCAACUCAUAACUGUCUAGAAUUAGGCUACUGAUAUAUCAGUUUAGGAAACAGCUUUAUCCAGCUGAUGUACACUUCCAUCCAUCAGAAAUGGCAAUGAAAUUGAGAUUUGUUUUAGGUGUGUGUCUUGUUCCUCUAAUUAAUGCACAGGUAUAUUGGACAAAAUGCUUUUUUCAUAAAAAAAAAUACCUGUUUUUAAAUGAAACUAAUUGUUCUCAAUGCAAUUUUUGUAUAUAAGAUACUGUGUAUUUUUCAUGCUAUUUAUCAAGGCUGGCCUAAGAAGGUUUUAUGUUUAUGUUGAUGAUAUGCAACAUUUUUAUUGACUGCACUAUAGUAAUAGUAUUAUAGCCGAGAACGGCCCAUUCUCUUUUGUGAAAUACUGUAGAUGUUCUCAGAGUUAGUUUGUAUGGCCUGUUGUAUUAUGUAGGCCUGACUCUUGUCACAAACAGUGUAGUUUUGGAAGCAGACAGAACCGUCUCUUCUAGUAUGAAUAAGGGAGAAUUCUGGUUUUAAGUCGUGGGUUCUGCUAGCUCUUUUAAAAUGUAAUUUUACAUAGAUAGGUUAGUAAUAGAUCUUGCAACCAGUGACUUAUGUGUAGACAUUGUAAUCAGUUGCUUACACACUAGGAUUCCCUGCGGAGCAACACACUGUGAUGAUUCCCAAGUUUACAAUAUUAUUGCUGAUAACUGGGUGCACAGCUGCAACUUGAAGACCCCGUAGAACCAGAAAGUACCUUUAACUGUUGAUACAAAUUGUAUCUUUAACUAUGAGAACUAUUUUGAUGUAUAGAUCUAACUUUAAAAACACAUGUACAAAUGUGUAAAGAUGAUUUUAGACUUUUGGGCAACAUUUUAUCUCUUAUUUUAAAAAUUGUAGAUUUCAAACCCAAAACUUGCUUAUAGGCAGAUAGUUCGGAUCUUAUAUAACACAUACAGUAUUUUUUUCCUAAUUAAAUCUCCCUCUCCUUUUUCCCUAAAACAAUUGUCGAGUGAGAUCAUAUAUAAGAAAUAAUGGUAAAAUGCUGCCUGAAAAGAAUGUCCAAGCACCUUUUGAAUAGGAAAACAUUUUUUCACUACUCAUGCAACACUGUGUGUUGCAAGAAGUAGGAUUUUGGUAUACAGUAAAUGCUCCUGCAAAGCAUUGUGCUUAUAGAUGUAUCCAAUAAUCUGAACCAUGUUCAGCAACUUUAAUUCAGGAAUUAUUCUUCUACACAGCUUUCACUGUUGACUAAUGAGACAGGAUCUCAGUUCUGUUAGGUCCGCCUUCCCCAAUGAUUGGGGUUGUAAUCCAACACAUCUGGUUGGCGCUAGGUUGAGGAAGGUUGUGUUAGAUUCAUCUGCCCUCCAGUAGGUGCUACCUUGCAUUCUGUCCAUUUCUCCUGAAAGAAAACCUGUUUCCCUGUCAGUUUCAUGUCUUUUCCUCAGCCCCAUUGUUCCAUGUCUGUACAGAAUAUAUUUUAAUGGAAAGGUUGUACAUUGCAUACGGCUUCCUAGACAAGCCCUGUUCCCCCCUGGCCACCCCCAAAUGAAUGAAUUUGCACAAAAGCAUGGCUCAUUUAUUAUAGUGGGUGUCUGCAGGGGAAAAAAAUCCUAGUGGUCUGUUGCCACAGGUGAUGGUUGAUUCAUGCAUUAUUUGUGGCUUAUAUUGUAACUUUGCAUUUUUAGUGACAGUAUAUUCAUGUGUUUCUCUAAAGUAUAACAGGAUUCUUGCCACUAGUGAUCGCAGAAUGCAGAAAUGUGUUCUUGAAUAGAAUCACUUCAUCAUCAUUCCCCCACCCCCACCCCCCAAUUGGCUUAUGGUGUGUUUCAUGUUUAGGCUUGACCACAGCCUACUGACUGUGAAGGAAGGGUUGAUUGUUCACUGAGUGCUACACUGUGAAGUGAGCUACUACCAUGUAUUGUGUAAUGCAGAAUGAAUUUAAAUAAAUAUCAAACAGCAACCCCA